CAGUAUUUCCCGCCCCCUCCUCCUGGACCUCCUCCGCCUCAGCAGCAGCAGCAGCAACCAUAUCCUCAGUUCCCUCCACCUCCUCAGCAACAAGAAUCUCAGUCCUACCAGCCCCAUAAUGCCCACCAGGAGAAUCAACAGCAGCAAUACCAACAACAGGCUCAGCAGCCAGGACAGGCGCAAUCUCCACAGACAACCCAGCAACAUUUCCCGCCACCUCCCCCUGGGCCUCCUCCAACUCAGCAAUAUCAGCCUCAGCAACAGCAAUACCAACCUCAGCAUGAUUUCUCACAGCAGCAGGGCCAGCAGCAAACAUACAACCCUCCAGCUCAGUUACCACAGCAAACCUCCAACUACUCCAUCCCCGCCUACAAUCCUGCGAACCCCACCUUUGCGCAGCCGCCGUCAAACUCCCUCAAUGAACCUCCGAGUCCCUCAGGAUAUCAGCCUCAAGCAGAUGGCCAGCAGCAGUAUGCGCCUCCGUCUCCGCAGCACGCGCCCGGCGACGAGCAGGGACACCACAAGAUCGGCUGGAGCGAGCGUCUGUCUGCUCUGGGCAUGAAGGCUGCUGCGCCCAUCAACAGCAUUGCGCACAAGCUCGGCAGCCAAAGCUUCCUCCCGGAGACGCUGGACAAGGAGUGCGAAAAGGCCGCGACGAUACUGAAGGCAUUCUGCAAAAAGGGAGUCUAUGCCGACCCUGCUGCCACUUCGGUGCCGACCUCGACCGAUCCCAACGCUAUCGAAUCGACCGAUAGAGUCAUCGACCCUACAAAGGAGAAGCCCAAGAACCGCGUCAUUGUCACGAUUCCCCCCAAGGUCAUCUCCAAGGCAGUUGGGCUCGCCAUUUUCACCACUCUCCGCGCCGGCUUCCAGGUAUCCGGUGCCACAGGCUCAGGAAUCCUCAUUGCGCGACUACCUGACGGGAGCUGGAGUCCUCCUUCAGGCAUUCAAUUGCACUCUGUUGGUGGAGGUUUCCAGAUCGGCCUCGAUAUCUACGACUGCGUUUGUGUCAUUAACAAUAGGGAGUCCCUCGCCGCCUUCACCAACACCCGCGUCAGCCUGGGCAGCGACCUAGCUGUGGUGGCGGGCCCGUAUGGAGCUGGUGCGGCCGUUGAGUUUGGAACAUCCCUGGACUCAAAGGCAGCCAGAGGCGAUGGUCGGCCUUCAUCGUCACAAGGACAAGGGCAGGACCAACAGUCGCAGCAGCAAAGCCUUCAGCCACCCGACGCGGCGGACAAGAAGAGCCACAGGCGGAGUCUCAGCGCCAGCGCAACCAAGCCCGUCUUUUCAUAUGUCAAAUCGCGAGGCUUCUAUGCCGGGAUCCGCAUAGACGGCACCGUUGUUGCCGAACGCAGGGAUGCAAAUGCUGUGUUUUACGGGCAGAGUAUCUCCGUAGACCAAAUCCUAAGGGGGCAAGUCCCCUCCCAAGGCCCUCCCGGAAUGUGGCCGGCUGGAGCACAAACACUGUUCAGCGUUCUAAAGGGGGCCGAGGCUGGUGCCUUACAAGCAUCAUCCCUUGAGCAACAGCAGCCUCCUGCAAGCCCGGGACACCAUCAACAACCAGCUCCUCAAAGCUACUAUCCUCAACAGGGUCAAGGACAGCAAGCCCAGCAACAGACAUACCCAUCUAUUCCUCCCCCUCCCUCGUAUGCGGACAGUGGGCCCCGUCCAAUCGAUGGUGACAUCAAGUAC